AUGAGUUUUAGAUCAAUAUUUCGCCAGAUGUCGUCGGUAGCAGCGAACAGAAGCAUAGAUGGUCCCAUUGCUCAGAGGAUCACCAAAAAAGUGAAAGAUACUUUCCCAGAUCUUUCACAUUUUGCUAUUUUCAAUGACUCAUACAAGCAUAGCGGUCAUCAUGGGAUUCAAGAUGCUGCGAACAAGAUUGAAUCACACUUCAGACUAGAGAUAGUGAGCGGAUUGUUCAAAGGGAAAAGCCUUCCCAUGAGACACCGAAUGGUAUAUGGGAUGCUAAAUGAGGAAUUUGAUGAUGGGGUACAUGCUUUACAGCUAACGACAAAAACUCCGGAGGAGUAUGCCAAGAAGCAUGCUGAAAAUUGA